AGGCUUGAACUGCCAUGCGCUGUUGUUCCUGUCAAGGUGGACACUGUCAUUGCCUCACUGCUUGCAACCCUGAAGAUUCCGUGCGAGAGCCCUAUCUCUCUUGGUAAGCUGGAAGAGCUGCUAAAGGAACCUUCAUUUAUAAACCCAGACAACGCUCUGGUCAUCAGUGUUCACAUUGGCUACAUGGCGUGCGCCUUGCGUGAUGCUCUAACACGCGCAGGCCUUUCAGCCUACCAUUCAUCUGCAUCGUUCACAUGUCGGGAAUGCGAUGCCUUGGGGGAUGCGCGUAUGUAUCCAUACGUCGGGCAUGAUUGGGCACGCGACGUUGGAUUCGAUGGUUUGUUAUCCUUGUUGCAGAUUGUUCAUCAGGUCAUGCCAUGCCAGGCAUCUGGGAAGCUGCGCCUUGCUGUAAUGCACGCCCUCGAGAGAGUCGUCCGUCAUACAGUAUUGCCCGAGGAGUUACGUUUGACGCAAACUUCGCUUGGCAAAUGGGCCUUGCAAACUGUACAGAGUUCUGUACGCCGGUUGCGUAUUGCUGCUGGGCGGACCCUUGCUGGUUAUUGCUCUGUACGUGCCGGACAAGACUUCCAGGAUAUCGUUGGUGCGAACAGGCGAGUGGUGUUAGAGACACUGAGAAAAGUCAGUGAGCGCGAGGAUGCGAAGUAUCUUGAAAGUUGUUUGUUGUCUUGGGGUUAUAUUGGCCGUGACGCACCUGAACAGGAACUCAACAUCAUCCUCUUGCAUCUGGUGGAGUUUCUUGGUCACGGGAAUACAUACCUACGUGCUGUUGCAUACAACGAGAUCCAGGGCAUAGCUGAAGCCCGAGAUCAGACAACUUGGCGCCUGCUUUCACCUUUUUGGCCUACUGUCAGUAUCAAUAUCGUUCGACGGAUGAAGUCAAGACCCCAAGUCAUUCAGUUGGUAUCGGAUCUCUUAGGUAUCACCGUUGCCGACUUUUUGAAUCGCACUCAGAAUCGCACGAUACCUCAUCUCAUUCUUACCAAACGUCAAGACAUAGUCAUUCUCAUUGCAAAAGCGCUGCAGAGAGAUGUGGCUAGACUUUGCUUCGACAACAUGCCACAUAUCCUUGCUGCCCUGUUGACUCAAGAAGGACAUGGCGCGGAAGACAGCAUCAUGCUUUUGCUUUCGCUAGCCUCGUCUGAGUUUGAGAAGCUUGACUUAGCGAGUUUAGUUCGAUCAGAUCCUAUCUUCAUUGCUGUUGAGUUACUGAAAAUGUUUUCCGGCUCAAAUGAGGCGAAGUCCUCAAGAAUUUUCAAGGCACUACAAAUGGUCGCGUCUAUUGUGAUGAAGUCACAAGGGACUUCUGGCAAGGACGCUGUUUCGAGGGUGGAUUAUCUGGCCGCAUUUUUUAAAAGGCACAUCCUCGGUAUAAUGGCUAACUUCACCGACACCAUCAACGACGUGAGAGGUCGUCAAACUUCAGCUGAGAAGCUGUCCUGUAUCGUCGGUAUAGAGAAGAUGAUCGACAUGGCACGCGCAUCUCUUGAAACUGCGCUCCCCCAGAUUACUGCUUGCCUCCAAUCGGCGUUGGCGGAUGAGAUGUUGCGCGAGCCUGUUUUGAUGGCUUGGACCACCCUAAUGGGGUCUGUGCAACCACCCUAUAUUGGGGCAUUACUUGGCUAUACGUUGUCUACCAUCAUGCAAUUCUGGCCUAUCUCGAAAGAGGAUGAACGACAGCAGAUGCUUGCCAUAUGCGAUCAUAUCUUUGAAGUACACAUGGAUUCUGUAGUGGAUGAGCUUCCCAUGAUUCCUGACCUUUCCCUUAUACCCGAGUUAGCUCAAUUUGAGGCGAAGCUCUCCGAACAGCGGGCAGUACUGAAGCCUUCUGUGAAGUUGAGGAAUCUCAUUCGGCGUUGCAAUCAUGAGAACAUCUACAUGUGCCACCAGGCGCUUCUGGAACUGAGAGGCUUCCUCGUUGCGAACAAUGAACUUCUUCAUUCACUCACUCUCCGCGACCAGCCUGAUCAAUUGAUUGAAGAUCUCAUCAGAUCUUUGCUCGACAUAUGUUCCAAAUACCACAAUGAGCACCGCGAGAUAGAGAGAUUGUGCGCGGAGUGCUUGGGCAUCGUCGGUGCAGUGGAUCCAAACCGUGUCAAUGCAGCCCGAGAUGUUCAGGACAUCAUAGUCGUUCAUAACUUCGAAGAUGCCGAUGAAAGCAUAUCAUUUGUCUUGGGGUUAAUUGAAGAGCAACUCGUUCCCGCUUUCCGUGCCUCAACGGACACAAAAUCACAAGGAUUUUUGGCUUAUGCUAUGCAAGAGCUGCUAAAGUUUUGUGGUUUCACAACGCAGAUAUUGAACAACGCCAUGUUCGACGGAUCUGGUACAAUCAUCGAGCGAUGGUCUGGUUUGUCCGCAGCUUCGAAAGAGACUUUGACACCUCUCCUGGCGUCCAAGUAUUUUGUGACUGCAAGUGCUCUACCUGAACCAGAACAGUAUCCGACGUUCUCCUCUCACACGAAUUAUCGGUCAUGGCUUCAGGCAUUUGUAUUAAGCCUUAUGACGAAGGUUACGGGUGACAAUGCAAAGAAGAUAUUCGCAGUUUCGCUCCGUAUCGUCAAAGACCAGGAUGUCGCCAUCAGUUCAUUCCUGCUGCCAUACGUAGCGCUGAAUGUGAUAGUUGGCGGGACUGACGAACAACGUGAUGAAAUUGCUGUCGAGCUCCUCGCUGUACUUCAAAACGAUAUCUCUUCAGAAACUACUGCAUUCGCAGCCGAGAAGUUCCGUUUAGCCGGCGAGACGGUAUUUCGCUUGAUCGACUAUCUCAAUAAGUGGUUGCGCAAGAGGCGAAAAUUUCUAUAUGAUCAGUUUGCUGCAACGGCGAAGAAGGCCAACAGAUAUCUUGCGCCUGAUGAAGGCACUGAGGACGAUAGUUUUAUCAGACGAGUUGAGGUUGUACUUGCUGUUAUUCCAGAGGAUAUGAUGGCCCGCGCCUCGUAUAACUGCGGCUCCUUUGCACGAGGACUAUUUCAUUGGGAACAGUACAUCCGCAAACAGCGUCAAGCUUUGUCCGAAUCCGAGCUGGAGCCGUUGUACCGGACAUUGCAACACAUUUAUUCGAAAAUUGACGAACCCGACGAGAUUGAAGCUAUCUCUGCGAAGUUCUCGGUUAUCAAUCUGGGCCAGCAAAUUCUUGAGCAUGAAGUCACUGGUAAAUGGACGUCAGCACAAACGUGUUAUGAGCUAUGCCUUCAACAGCAACCAGAAAAACUUGAGCUUCAGGUGGGAUUGUUGCGUUGUCUGAAUCUUUCAGGUCAUUAUGAGACAUCGCUAAAUCAAGUUGAUUCAUGGGUAAUGAAGACACCGCAGCUUUCUCGGCCUCUUGCUAAGCACGCGGUCGAGAGCGCCUGGCUUGUAGGAGAUUGGAAAGCCCUGGAACGCCAUUUAGGAGCUGCGGAAGAGGAGGGCUCCUUCGAGGUCGUACUGGGAAGAGCAAUCCUUUCUUUGAGGGAAAAGGAUACGCGGAAUCUUAAAGCACAUCUUCAGCAAAUUUACGACAUCUUAACUCAUGAUCUAGUGGCAUCUGGCGUCAAGGACUCACGCCAAUGUUACGAUGUGCUGGUAAAGUUACACGGAGUACAGGAAUUUUCGAUGAUAUCAGAGGCAUGUUUGUUGGACAGCGGUGGCCUGGUUUCUGUCAUAACGAAUCUCGAGCGGCGGCUAGACCUUCUAGCUCCCUCAACUGAAUCUCGCCAGUUUGUCUUAGCCUUGCGCCGAACUGCUUUCGAACUUGCCGCGCCGGUGUCCUCUCGCGCAGAAGUCUCCGCGAUAUGGUUAGAUAUUGCAAAGCUUGCGAGAAAGGCUGGCCAAUCGCAGCGGUCCUACAAUGCAAUACUGAAGGCCUCUGAAGCUGGUGCACCCUUAGCAGCUGUUGAAAGAGCACGCUGGUUGUGGCAUGAGGGCGAGCAGCACAGAGCUAUUCAAAGUCUCGAAAGCGCUCUAAAAGCUGGGACAUUUGAUCAUUCGGAAUCGAUUCCUGAUAAAUAUAGCUCAGCUAUCACCACGGACGCUACGACCCGGUCCAGGCCUAAAAACCAACUGCUAGCGAAGGCCAAGUUGUUGCUAGCAAAAUGGAUGGAAUCUUCGGAGCAGAGUGGAAUGCACAACGUACUUCACGAGUAUAUCGAGGCGGCAAGAGCAUAUGACAGGUGGGAAAAGUGUCAUUAUUAUCUUGGUCGAUACUAUUUGAAGCUGUAUGAAAACGAGGAGAAGUUGCCAGUCAAGAAGCAAGGCGACAAUUUAUUGACAGGCGAGCUCACCCGUCUAAUUGUUGUGAAUUUUGGUCGUGCGCUCCAUUAUGGAGUUAAGUACGUCUUUCAGACAAUGCCGCGAUUCCUUACACUAUGGCUCGAUUUCGGUGCAAACGUGGGAAAGAUAGCUGAAGAUGCUGGUAGCCCUGAUUAUCGAGCUCACACCAUUGCUUCACGGCAGAACAAGCUGAAAGUUCUGAAUGAGCAAGUCACUCGCUAUGCAAAACGCCUGCCGCCCUAUAUAUUCCUUACGGCAUUUCCUCAGAUUAUUUCACGCAUCGGGCAUUCGAACGCAUCUGUGUAUGCUAUCCUUGAGUGGGUCAUUGUGUCUGUCAUCAGCAACUAUCCUCAGCAAGCGCUCUGGUCCCUGAUGGCAGCCUGCAAAUCAACUGGAAAAUUACGCGCUGAGCGUGGGAAUGCCAUUCUUGCGAGAGUUAAAGAUUCAAAGAAGAAAGGGCAUCCUCAGAUCCGCGACCUCGUUAACCAGGCGAAAAAGAUGACAGAUCAACUUUUGCAGCUAUGCAAUUUCGAAAUUUCCGGACGUCAGACUACACUGAGCCUGUCAAAACACAUGCGUUUUCAGCACUCGGUUGCGCCAUCGAGCCUGGUGGUUCCUCUGCAAUCCGCACUCACGCUUACACUCCCCUCGUCACCAGUCACCUUGAAAUAUCAUCAUCCGUUUCCUGGAGAUCUAAUCACAAUCGAAUCUUUUCAGGAUGAAGUUGACAUCAUGAACUCCUUGCAGAAACCUAGAAAAAUCACGAUUCGGGGAAGUAAUGGUCGACGGUACCAUUUCCUCUGCAAGCCAAAGGAUGAUUUGCGCAAGGAUGCUAGGUUAAUGGAAUUUAAUGGAAUGAUCAACAAGUUCCUCCGAAAAGAUGCUGAGGCUAGCAGAAGACGUUUGGGCAUUCGCACUUACGCAGUUGUGGUGUUGAACGAGGAAUGCGGUCUCCUUGAAUGGGUGAAUAACACAAGACCCUUCCGAGACAUUUUGAUGAAAAUCUACCGGCAGAAGGGUGUCGUGAUCAACUACACUGAAAUCAGGUCAAUCUUGGAUCAGGCUUGUGCUAGCAACAUGCCUGGCGAGAUCUUCAAUACGAAGCUGCUUCCAAAGUUCCCUCCCGUUUUUCACGAAUGGUUCAUUGAGACAUUUUCGGAACCAACGGAUUGGCUAGCAAGUAGGCAAUCCUACGCUCGCACGCUGGCAGUGAUGUCCAUGGUUGGCUAUGUACUUGGUCUUGGAGACCGCCACGGCGAGAACAUUUUGUUUGACGAAACGAACGGAGACGCUGUGCAUGUUGACUUUAAUUGUCUUUUCGAAAAGGGAUUGACCUUUGAGAAGCCGGAAAAGGUGCCCUUUCGUUUAACACACAACAUGGUGGAUGCGUUUGGAGUCACUGGCUGUGACGGCACAUUCCGCAAAUCAUGUGAAGUUACUGUCCGUAUUCUGAGGGGCAACAAAGACUCACUUAUGAGUGUCCUCGAAACGUUCUUGCAUGAUCCUCUUGUGGAAUGGAAUAGACGAAAGAGAGCCAACCAAUAUGCUCUCGAGAACGAGGAGGGUCAUCGUGCAUUGGAGAAUAUCAGGCGGAAACUGGAGGGGUAUAUCGGUACGGAAGUGCUGCCGCUAUCUGUCGCGGGGCAAGUACAGGAGUUGAUCAGACAGGCCACAAACCCGGAUCUAUUGGCGCAAAUGUAUGUGGGAUGGGCCUCCUUUACCUAGGUUUAAUUAAGUCAGUCCUGCGAUGGCGAUGGGGAUUCAAUACCAAGCAAGAUUUGUGGCAGCCCGUAAUUCAUACAUAUGC